AGCGGCUGUGGGCAGAAACUUGCCGGAGGUCCUCGGGUGGCAUCGCCCUCUGCAGCUCGCCAGCCGGCGGGCGGGCGGAAGCCGGAGAGAUGAGGUCGUCCUGCGUCCUGCUCACUGCCCUGGUGGCGCUGGCCGCAUACUAUAUCUACAUCCCCCUGCCCGAGGCCAUGGGGGACCCCUGGAAGCUCAUGCUGCUGGACGCGACUUUCCGGGGCGCACAGCAAGUGAGUAACCUGAUCCACUACCUGGGCCUGAGCCAUCAUCUGCUUGCCCUGAAUUUUAUCAUCAUUUCUUUUGGCAAGAAAAGUGCGUGGUCAUCAGCUCAGGUGAAGGUGACAGACACUGAAUUUGAUGGUGUGGAAGUCCGAGUGUUUGAAGGCUCCUCCAAACCCAAUGAGCCACUGAAACGCAGCAUUGUUUACCUGCACGGAGGAGGCUGGGCUUUGGCAAGUCCAAAAAUCAGCUAUUAUGAUGAAUUAUGUACAGCAAUGGCCGAGGAAUUGAAUGCCGUCGUUGUCUCCAUUGAGUACAGGCUAGUUCCAAAGGUCUAUUUUCCCGAGCAAAUCCAUGAUGUUGCACGUGCCACGAAGCAUUUCCUGCAGCCUGAGGUCUUACAGAAGUAUUCCGUUGACCCAGACAGAAUUGGCAUUUCUGGCGACAGUGCUGGUGGGAACUUGGCCGCUGCUCUGGGGCAACAGUUCAGUCAGGACCUCAACCUACGAAGCAAGUUCAAACUGCAAGCUUUAAUUUACCCGGUUCUUCAAGCCUUAGAUUUUAACACACCCUCUUAUCAGCAGAACUGGAACACGCCGAUCCUGCCCCGCCAUGUCAUGGUGAAGUAUUGGGUGGAUUACUUCAAAGGCAACUAUAACUUUGUCCAGGCCAUGAUCGUGAACAAUCACACCUCACUGGACGUGGAAGGGGCUGUUGCCCUGAGGGCCCGUCUAAACUGGACCUUCCUCUUGCCACCAUCUAUCACAAAGAACUACAAGCCUGUCGUGCACACUGCGGGCAACGCCAAGAUUGUCCAGGAGCUCCCCCAGCUGCUGGAUGCCCGUUCUGCCCCGCUCAUUGCAGACCAGGAGGCCCUCCAGCACCUCCCGAAGACCUACAUUCUCACCUGUGAGUAUGACGUCCUGAGGGACGAUGGCAUCAUGUACGCAAAGCGUUUGGAGAACGCAGGGGUGCAGGUGACCCUGGACCACUUUGAGGAUGGCUUCCACGGCUGCAUGAUCUUCACCAGGUGGCCCACUAACUUCUCCGUGGGAAUCCGGACUAGGAACAGUUACAUCAAGUGGCUGGAUGACAAUCUGUAAAGGCGAGCCACUUCUAGAAGGCUCGAGCGCCUCUUGACCUCCCACACUUGCUUUGGACGGACACACGCACUUUCAGUUGACUGACUUCUCCAUUACUUGUGACGUCUAGACUCUCUAGUCCCGGAGACAUUCAGAUAAUUGUGCUUCGUUUGGGUUUAAUGAACUUGAUUAACUUAAGGGAAACACAUCUGACCCUAGUCCCAAAGUGGGCCAAUCUUUCUGUUACAGUUGCGUUAGCUGAACUCAUGCAGUUGCAGAAAGCAGAGCCAGAGCUGGACAUAAGCUUUGGGUCCUGACUUUGUUAGAUGAUGCCUCUUCUUCUUCUUCUUCUUCGUUUCCAGAAGAAAUUCUUCUGCCACUUCUCAGUCUUUUACCUGAGCUUAAGUGCAGAGGAAGUUCUUCCAGCGAUCGAUAACACAGUGACUUUUAAAGAGGUGCUUUGUUUUUAAAAUGUGGUCUCUUUGCCAUUUGAUAGAAUUUACUUUGGUGUCAGAGCAGGGUUCAGGGUGUGCACUUUAAGGUCACGGCUGGGUCUAACGACCCUCCAUUUCUCGCAGAUGGUGGCUUCUCUUUCUAUUGGCCAAGGCUUUCUCAUGAGGCGGAGUUUCUCAGAGGACUUCUUUCCUCUGACAUCACGUUCUAAGACACCUGCCUGUAAGUGGGACUAUGGCAACACUUGAACGUGAGUUCCCACCACUAUCAUGAGAAAAUGCGAGGUUGCAUACAAUGACUACUUGCACAUCAUUUUUUUUUCUUCUUUUUUUUUUUUUUUUGCUUUUUGGUGAGCUUAUCUCCAAGGGGAGACCUUCUGGGAGUAAAUUCAUUUACACUUAGGAUACAUUUCUUACAGCCAGACUUCCAACUUACAGACAAACCCACUUGCCCUUUAAUGGUAUGUAAAUCUGCCCUCACUUUGGAUAAAUCUCUACUCUCAAAAAAUCCUUCAUCCCAGUCAUCUUUACUUGCUUCACGGUGCAGCUUUUAAUUAAGCCUUUUCUUUCACAAACCCCCACUACUGUCGGGUCGAUUCUGACUCGUGGCGACCCAGCAGGUCAGGGUAGAACUGCACCUGUGGCUUUCUGAGACUAUAGCUCUUUAUGGGAGUAGAAAGCCUCUUCUGUUUCCUGUUCUUUCACUAAAGAAAGGUUUGAAAGAACCAUAUGCACCUGUUCUGAAUUCACCUUCAAACGGGAGUUCUUAACCAGGGGACUGACUGCCCAUGCUUGAGAACAAGUCAACAGCAGGCAAAGGGAACAGCCUACUGGUCAUAAGGAAUAUGCCUGACAUAAAUGACCAAAAGUGGUGUGUGUAUAUAUUCGGCAUAGUUAGAAAAUAGAAAGCAUUAAUAUAUUUUAAAAUUACGGGGGGGGAAAAUCUUUAGAUGGUCUAGUCUGUUCUUGAAAAUUCUCCCUUUUUUCACUUAGCUGGCUUUAAAAUGGGGCUAUUUUGGAAUAUAUAAUGUGCUGUUUAUUUUUUUAAGUUAUUUAAUGUUCAUACAUGCAGCCAGAUGUAGGAUCCUUCAUAAUAAGGUCUGCAGUGAACAUCACAAAUAAUGAUAUUUUUGAAGAACUAUUUUAAAGCUAAAACAACUCCCUUAGAGUUAUAGUCACAUACAGUUUUAUGGAAAGAGAUAAAAUAGCUAUCAAUACUAGUAACCGUGAAGCCUACAUAGUUCGAUGUUUAUAAGUAUAUAUCAAUGAAAAUCAUCAGUCUGAUAAAGUCAUGGAAGUGUGUCGUUCAGUAGCUUAGGCAAGACCCAGCUGCUCAUGAGUCUUCUCUAUAUUUGGGGGAUACUGGUUUAUCACCUCUUGGAUAAAGGGCAUGCAAUGGCACCUGGUGCCUAACCCCCUCAUUUCUCCUUCUCACCAUAUCUAGAUGUUCCAGCAGCCCAAGUUUACUCCAUGCGAAGGCCUCGCUGCCCAUGGGAGUAUCUUUGGCAUAGCCCUAGGAAGAUUCUCCAGUUCAGAUCGGGGAGUUGAGCCUCUGCCCUGCUCCCUGCCCCCUUCCUUCUGUCCCCAGUCCAUGCUCCUUGGGGGACCGGGGAGAGUAGCACAGCAGCUGGAAGGAGAGGAGGGAGACCCUUUUCCUCACUUGGGAAGGAUGGGUAUUUUCUCGCUUCCGGCAGUGAUAUGACACAUGAGAAGUGCAUGCUUCUGUUUCCCGUACCGGGUGAGCCGAGAGCAGUUAACUGGAUAGAAAUGGGACAGUGUGUGAUUGUGUGUGUGGAUAAUAAUGGUCACCAUCCAUUUCACUUGCUAAGGCACUCGGACAGCACACACACUACUUCGGGGCCUUUCUCUCCGUCCCACUAAAAUCAGAGGUGGCUUACUUGAUCAUUGAGGUAGCAUGCAACCACAACAUCCAAGCCAUUUUGUCAGAUGGGCAAAUUGUGUUGGCCUCUCGUAUGGUGCAUUUUGUUUUUGUAGGUUGUUAUUCUUUAUAUACAGACACAUCCAUCAGCACAGAUUUUUCUUUCUAGAAAACAGGCGUUUUAAUUCUGCGAUAGCUAUCCUCUGCAAACAGUACUAUUCUUUUGUCACACUUCGAAGGAACCAAAGUUUGAACUUCAUUUUGGGGUCAUCUACCUCAAAGAAAGCAGAGAGAACCAACACAUGGACAAAGUUCUUUGAAAUGAUAUCUCCCUCCCCACAUUGUGAGUCCAAUCCUGUAGUCAUUAUAUCACAGAUCUCUGACGGGCUCUCUUGAAUGAAAAGGGAGUGAAGGAGAAAACAGUGGGGGUGGGCUCAACCACUGCUUUGAUGAAAUACUUGAGUUGAAUUGGAAAUUCUCAUCCUGUGAAUAAUGUAUGGACUAACUUACAUUGUAACCCACUUUGGACCGUGCUAACACGAGACGCUGCUGGAAUAAUGAUAACUGGAAGUCAUUGGGCUGAAGUGAGCCCAUAGUCACAACACUGGACUCACAGUACCAGUGCCCAUGAAGAAGGCACAGAACUGGGCAAUAUUUCCUUCUGUUAAACACAAGGUCACCAUGACCUGGAGCAAACUCAACAGCAUCUAACAACAACAACAACAACAACACGACACAACAAACCAACCCAAAUGUCAAGGAUUAAGAAUGUCUAUGGGGAGCCAACAGAGUUUAUGAUGUUAAAGAUGCUUUAGGGUUGGGGUGAAUGUGUUGUUCUCUCAGAUGCUGUUUGUUUAUAAAAGAGUUUAUGCUCUACUGACUGUUUUUUGGGUUUGUUUUUCUUUUGGAGUGUUACAGCUUUGUUUUGUUUUUGCAUUUUAAGAGAAAGCUAAUGAUAAUUUUUGUUUUAAUCAUUGCUGUCUAUGAAAUAUGAAAUUACCUAUAUGAAGAAAAACCAUCGAAGUUAAGCGCUGCAAAAUACAGUGGUAUAAGUUAAUUUUAAUGUUCUAGCAUUUAUUUGUGAAGAAGUUAAACUACUGUGUAAUUGCCCUCUUGGGUAUACCACUUUAUGCAUGACCUUUUCACUUUGGACUUUGUGCUGCCUUUCCACUACAAAGGGGAAGGCAGAUUUUAUGAAGUAUUUUAGAGCAAAUAUAUUUUAUAAAAUGAAGGAUUUCUAAUAUGGAAAUUCCAGCAUUAUCUGUUUUGAAUCAUGUUUGGAAAUAAAACAGCUCCAUCUGAGAAUGUGA